UUAUUUUCCUAGAGAUAAUGAAUGGGCAGUUUGACCUCAACGGUUUACGUGUUGUUUUGAGAGGGUAAGCGUAAAACCAAGGGAAUCUCAAAGAGUGGAACGGGUGUGAAGCAAAAUUAAGAUGCUGAAUUGCCAAAUCAGGAGGUAAUGUCCGCUUCAAGCUCCGAUUUUGAUACUUCACUCUUUCCUAGGUCAAUCCCUUCUCUCUCUAUCUCUAUUCCUCUCUUCAAGAAUAGAAUCCCUUUCCCACUUUGCCUUCUAAUCACAACGCCAUAGCAAGAUAAAAAAUUUUAAAAAUAAAAAAAAUCUUAUGGAGGAGAAGCAGAAUGGGAGUUGUCGGCAGGGUAGAAAGAAAGCUUGGUUAAUAAGCAUGAGUAGCGGUGGUGGGGGUAUCGAAAGGGUGGUUGCCUUGGGUGGAGCCUUGGCUGUUGCAAGCCUCAUUGCUGCAUUUUCGAUCAAGAAAAGUAGUUGUAGUAAGAAAGAUAUUAGCACCAAUAAGGAGGAGACGGCGAAUGUGGAAGCUACCGACUCUUGCAAAGAAGAAGAUGCAGGUGAAGGGCUACGUUUUAUCCUUCAGGAUUCCUCUUCAACUCUACAUCAUAAUUCAUGUUGUGCAAAUCAUGGAACAUCAAAGAUCGGUGUUGCUGAAAUUGAAACUUCCAAAUUGGUCUUCACCCAAAGUUUGAUCACACUGGAAGAGAAUACGAUUGAGUGCGAAAGAAAGGAGUCUGUAAGUGGUCAGGAAGAGACUCUCAUCCAUGAUGCAGAGCAAGAAAGCAAUGCAAUGACCGGUGGCUACGGCGAUAUUGAAGAGCUUUCACUUUCAGUAGGUGACACUGAGAAUAAUCCAAUGAAUGGGGUGGAGAAUGAGAGCAAUGCCUCUUUGGAGAUGGAAACCAUUGAAAUAACGAUAGAGGAUGAAGCAGUGGAUCAUGUAGAUGCAAAGCAGCCAAUGGCUGAAGAAAGUUCAACACUGCAAUCGUCUUUGUCAUCAAAAGAAGACGAUAAAUCAUCAAUUUCAGCAGGGGAAGAAGAUUAUGAAGAAUAUCCUUUGAUGGAAUCAUUAUAUCCAGCAGAAGAAAACGAAGAAUAUCCAUUGAUGGAAUCAUUACAUCCAGCAGAAGAAAACGAAGAUGAAGAAGAAUAUUCACCACUAAGAUCGUCAUUUUCGGUGGAAGAUAACCGAAUUGAUGAAGAAGAAGAAGAAGAAGAAGAUGAUGAUGACGAUGGAGAGUAUUCAACAAAGGAAUCAUCAUUUUCAACAGAAGAAGAAAAAGACUCAUUGUUGCAAUCACCACUUUCAACAGAAGAUGAGAAUGGUGAAAAUGUUGCAGGGAUGGAAGAAGAAAGCUCAGAAGGAGCAUGGAGCUCUUCCCCAGAACCUAACACGGAGGUAAUUUGGCCAGCAGAGAUGAUGGGGGUCCUGUCACCUGAAUCCAAAGAGAAUGAGAUGAAUGUUAGCUAUCUAGAAUACCAAAUGAAAUCCAAGGAGGAACCCAAAACAGCCAAGAUAGAAACAUAUCAUUAUUUGGCUAAAACCAAGUUUGACGAAAAGAAGAAGAUAGCAACUGAGGAGCUUGUCGUGAUGGAUGUUCGAAAACAACAUUCAGCAGCAAAGAGACAGAUUUGGUUUUGGUUAGGUUUGGUGGUACUGCUGCUAGCUUUGCUUGUCAAUUCCUUACUCCAAUCCAAUUAUGUCUCUAACAGUGUUUCUUUUGUUUUUCCCAUGAAAUAAGAAUAGAAUCAUCCGCACUGAUGGACAGGUGCCAGAAAAUUUAAUUAAUUAAUUAAAUAAACCAAGUUUGUAGAUUUCAUUUAA